AUGCUUAUAAGAGUGAUAGAAUCUUUACCAAUAAUGGUAAUAAAGUUACAAUUUUUCAUUAUACUAAUUGUACUAAUCAGUUAUCAUAUUGUACUAUUACAAAUUCAGCUUGUACAGCUAGAACAUGUACCAAUUAUGGAUAGAAUACUUUAUUUUUAGACUCAUGAUAUUUGUAAUACUUGUUAAUCUCCAACUACUAUCCCUUGCUAUAAAAUAAGUUGUAAACUAAAAUAUGCAAAAAUUAUGAUCGCUAAAUUCCAAUUUUUCAGCAAGAUUGUUAAAACGUUAAGCUAAUGUAGAUGA